CACAGCUGCUCGCCCAACGUGUUUGUCCAGAACAUCUUUGUGGACACGCAUGACCUGAGGUUUCCCUGGGUCGCGUUCUUCGCCGGACAGUACAUCCGUGCGGGCACUGAGCUGACCUGGGACUACAACUAUGAGGUUGGCAGCGUCCCUGACAAGAUCCUCUACUGCUACUGCGGCUCUUCUACGUGCCGUGGCCGCCUCUUGUAGCCGCCAGCCUGCUGUCUCUUCCACCCUUGUGCUGGUUGCCAUGGCGACUGUCUAUAAGCAUCUAGGCUGCAACAGAAGAUGGGUCUGUUCUCCGUGGGUGAUGUGUGUGGCUCAAGUGACAGCGACGAGUGACAGUGACAAGUGACAAUGUGGGUGUUGUGUGUGGCUCAAGUGAUAGUGACAGCGACGAGUGACAGUGACAAUGUGGGUGUUGUGUGUUCCUCAAGUGACAACGACAAGUGGCAGUGGCAAGUGACAAGUGACAACGUGGGUGUUGUGUGUGGCUGAAGUGACAGCGACAAGUGGCAGUGACAAGUGACAACAUGGGUGUUGUGUGUGGCUCAAGUGACAGCGACAAGUGGCAGUGACAAGUGACAACGUGGGUGUUGUGUGUGGCUCAAGUGACAGUGAUAGCGAAAACGUGGGUGUUGUGUGUGGCUCAAGUGACAGCGACAAGUGACAGUGACAAAUGACAACGUGGGUGUUGUAUGUGGCUGAAGUGACAGUGACAAGUGGCAGCGACAACUCUGAAGUGACAGUGACAAGUGACAACGUGGGUGUUGUGUGUGGCUACAGUGACAGUGGCAAGUGACAGUGACAACUCUGAAGUGACAAGUGACAGUGACAACUCUGAAGUGACAGUGACAAGUGACAGCGACAACGUUGGGUGGACCAAUUCUCUUGAUGAAUUACUUCCCCUGCCUCCUUGUCUCACUGCGGUAGUGGUCUGACAUGUGACCCUCGACCCCUGGAGACGAGGCGAGACGAGACAGUGCCUGCCUGCCUGCCUGCCUGCCCCAGCGACAGACCUAAAGUGGCAUGUGUUCUCAUCCUGUGUCGCUGUCACUUACAAUGUACAGGUCUCCCAGUGUCGUGUGUUCUCAUCCUGUGUCGCUGUCACUUACAAUGUAGGCCUACAGGUCUUUCAGUGUCGUGUGUUCUCAUCCUGUGUCGUUGUCACUUACAAUGUAGGCCUACAGGUCUUUCAGUGUCGUGUGUUCUCAUCCUGUGUUGCUGUCACUUACAAUGUACAAGUCUUCCAGUGUCGUGUGUUCUCAUCCUGUGUCGCUGUCACUUACAAUGUACAGGUCUUCCAAAGUCUCCCAGUGUGUUCAGGAUGUGUCCAAUCUCUGGUGUUGACGGACGCUGUUUUGUCUGUGGAUCGCUCCUGGCGGGGCCGUGGGUGGUCUGGUGGGUUCCUUUCCUAGGGUCUCUCCCUGAUGUCUCUCCUUGAUGUCUCUCCCUGAUUGUUCCUUUCCUAGGCUCUCUCCCUGAUGUCUCUCCCUGAUGGUUCCUCUCCUAGGGUCUCUCCCACAGUGGGAGGUCUGAUGGUUCCUCUCCUAGGCUCUCUCUCCCAUGGUGGGAGGUCUGAUGGUUCCUCUCCUAGGCUCUCUCUCCCACAGUGGGAGGUCUGAUGGUUCCUCUCCUAGGCUCUCUCUCCCACAGUGGGAGGUCUGAUGGUUCCUCUCCUAGGCUGUCUCCCACAGUGGGAGGUCUGAUGGGACACAUGGUUCCCCUAGUUCUUCACCAGUUCUUUAUACCAAGAAUUUACACAUGGGUGGUUGGCGGGUGCUCUGGUGUGGUGUACUCCUUCUUUACUAUGAAAAAUCAAUCGUCUCUAUCUCCC